UAGUCCCCCUCCCCUCCCUUCCCUCAUCAAAAGCAGGGAGAGGAGAGGAGAGGAGAGGCUCACCCGGCUACUCUUUUCCUUUCCCUAUCCAUCAUACCCCUUUUCUUCUUCAAUCUUGGUCACUACUCCGCCUGCACUGCACGCCAAGAACAGUCCCCGAUUCGAUUCCAAAAAACCCUAGGCUGCUGCCUCAUCAAGAGCAGAAUCUGCGAUUCCCCAUUCCCUUUACAAAGUUGCCAUUCAUUCACUGUUAUGUUACAUCAGCCUGGAGAGGGAAGAAAGCAGCACAAGAAAUCCCUUGUCAACAUCGCCAGAUGAGAUCCAUCCAUAUGCGAAUGCCAUCAGCAGCAGCAUCAAGCUCCUCCUAAAGUAGUAGCAUUUUUCAUCUGAUUCAUCUCUCUUGCUAUCUCUCUCUCUGCACCUUCAUUUCUUUCAUCGCUGUCUGUAACAAGUAUCCACGGCUGCGAUGGCAAUGCAGAUGCCGCUUCUCCCCUCCCUCACCCUCUUCCUCUGCCUCUCGCUUCCGCUGCUGCUACCACCUCGCACCGCCUCCGCCGUCUCUUCUUCCCCGUCCUUCUCCCUCGACUUCUUCCCCGCCGCCGGAGCCAUCGCGCAGCUCGCCCUCUCCGGCGCCGCCACCGCCAAUGCCACCUCCGGCGCCGUCUCCAUGCCCAUCCCCGGCGCGCGGGUCCAGUACAGGACCCCCAUUGCCGCGUCCGCACUCAGGCUCGGAUUCUCCACCUACUUCUCCUUCGCCCUCCCUUCCGCCCCCACCUCCUCCCUCGCCUUCUUCCUCACGCCCUCCGCCAGCUCCGCCUCUCGCACGCCCCCGGUCCUCGCUCUCGUCUUCUCCGCGCGCUACAUCCGCCUCGACCUCGCCGGCCGCACCGCUCUCCAGACGGAGACGCACCACCCCGUUCCCACCACCCCAAGCCUCCAGCUGCUGCACCUGCACGCCUGGAUAGACUACUACCACACCAACUCUUCUUCUUCUUCUUCCAAUCCCGCCACGGACACGCUCCACGUCCGGCUCGCCGCCACGCGUGUCCCCACCGCCACCCACCACCCGACCCCGCCGCUCCUCUCCUACCCGCUCCAUCUGCCCCGCGUCCUCCGCAGGGGCCCCGUCCUCGCCGGAUUCCGGACCUCCUCCGGGAACUGCACGCUCUUCACCUGGGCGUUCCGCGCAGCUCCCAACCGGAUGCACUCCCUGCCGCUCAACCCCGCCGACCUGCUCACCACGCCGCCGCCAGAGCGCGUCGCCAGCGCCCGCGCCCCUGGCCCCGAACGCCGCUACAGCAGCCCCUGGGGCGCCGCGCUGUCCCUGCUGCUCGCGGCCGCCGCCGGCGCAAUGCUCACCUUCAUCGUGCUCUUCCUCUGGUACUCCGUGUCCAAGCGCCGGCCCGUCGCGCCGGUCGAGUACCCCAUGCACCCCUCACACCUCGUCUACGAGAAGAUUGUGCUCGUCGGGGUCAAGGACGACGUCGCGGUUGCCGAUUCCGCCGGGAACAAGUAGAUGCUACCACCACCACCACCGAAACCACGCCUUCUGUUCUGCUGGGUGGAGAGAUAUUCGUGACCUGAAUUUUUUGGUUCAUCGUGGCUUCACUCCAUCCUGCAAAAAUAAGGGUGCCAAAGAGCUUAUUUGGAACCAACAGUCGACCAACAGAGUCCAGGUGAGUAGCUGGGUUGACUUUCCGCUAGGAAUUAGGAUGAUUGCAGUUUGGAACCGGAUGCUGCUAGUAGCGGGCAGGGAUUGCAUGUUUUAUAUUUUAUAUUGUCAGCUGAGUGUGGUCAUCAUUAGUCAUUGAUCUUGACAACUGUUACCCAAGAUAUUGUACAAGAGUGCAUCUUUUGGGAGAAAACUGUUUACCUUUUUAAUGGUGAAUUUUUGCACUAUGGCACGAUGAAUCACCACAACAUGCAAAAUGAUGUAAAUUGUAAUGUUUACUUUGGCCCUUGUGUGAUGGUCGAAGAGCUGCAGCUGCACAGCUGCACUACCACAUAGCGGUUUAGCUGCACUGCUGCAGGGGCUUGAAGCUGAAGUGAUUACUGAUUAGAGCCAUUGAAGCUACAGCCUCCGUGAUGCUGUAUUUUUCACUGUUCUUUUUGGUGGGCUGGUUGCUAUGUGUUACUAGUCACUCUGUCUGGAAAAGAAUACAAUUCUAGUGAGGUUUUGAGUCAAAUUGUCUUAAUUUUGACUAAGUUUAUAUAAAAAUAUCAAUAUUUAUAAUACCAAAUAAAUAUCACUAGAUUUAUUUUGAAAUAUAUUUUCAUAAUACACAUGUUCAUUGUCAUAAGUAGAUGGUGAUCACAAGUACCAUCAGCUCACCAUGGUGGAAACUGCAGAUUUUGCCUCCCAAACACAACAGGGCAAACUCUGCUCUUUUUGUUUUUGUGAUCUGUCCCUAAUGAACUUGUAACACUGUUGCUACCAAUGUGUUUCCUUUCUUGCACUGUUACUGCUUAGUACUCCUAAUUUUGCUUCUGUACUUAGUUGUGUUUCACUUCUCUGCUCUAAUGGACAAAACUGAUCCUUCUUUUCCUUGCAUAUAAAUGCAUACUAAUCUUCACCAUAAAUUGGUUCAAUUGCCAUUUCACCAUGGCGUCGUAUUAUACUGCUUUGAAAUGGUAGCAUUCUUCUGUCGCGCUACAUAUCCUACGCUGUGGUCAGGUCAUGUUAGUAUGUUACAAUAAGUUUGAGCACAUUCAUAGAUCACAAUUGGGCUCUUCUUUUCCCUCGAUGGAACACGAGGCAUCACAUGUUUCUCUAUUCAUGUUCCUUCUGCAAGACCUCCUCUGAUAGACAUAAACUCCAAAAGCUGCUUUGUCUGCAGUGGUUUAUCAGCAUCAAGUCUUGGCCUACUAGUAGUAUUAGCGUCUGAUGUAGUCACAAAGCAGAUCCAGCUCCAAGUUUGACCAUGUUGAUAGAUCUCUCUCAAGUUGCCAACAAAGUGGGGGUAAAGUCCAACUUGGAGCAAGUGACCUGCAUUUCAUAUUUCUAGAUAGAGGCCAAAGAUUUGAUUUGGGAUUCUUGCCAAAGUGACUUUGCAUUAUGAUACUCUAUGGGAGGAGAUACGAGGACUAUAUAUAUGUUUUCCUAGUGCUGCUUUCAGUUGGGACUUGGGAACUACAAAACAGAAUAUGGAAUCCAGGGUUGCUCUUACCUUUUUCUUCCCUUUUCUUUCUGCUAUAAUAAUUGGGCACCUGAAUUUUUCGGUUCAUUGUGGCUUCAUUUCGUGCUGCCAAAAUCAGGGUGCAAGUGCAUUUUUCCAACCCACGAAGUUCAGGUGAGUAGCUGAAUUGCAUUUAGUUAGGAUUGUUGCCUUUUGGAACAGGAUGCUGCUGGUAGCGGACUAUGCCAUAUACUCUAUAAUGUCAGCUGACUGUGGUCAUCAGUAGUCAUUAGUCUUGACAGUUAUUGUACAGGCUAUUGUACAUUUGUACAAGAGUAUAUGCAUCUGUUGAACAAAAUUGUUUACCUUUUGAAUGGUGUGCUUUAAUAUUUGCGUUGGCCCAUGUUGUGACUUUGGGAAUCACAUUCAAGCUCCAGCAUGGAUGAAUGGAUGAGAAAACAACAGUGCCUUUUGGGACUACAAAACAGAAUAUGGAAUCCAGGAUUGCUUUUAGCUUUUUCUUCCGUUCUAUUUCUGUACAAGUGUCUCCACUCUCCAGGGUGGAGAGAUAUUUGACACCUCUAAUUUUUGGUUCAUUAUUCCAAGCGCAUUUUUGCAACAAACAGUCGACAAACAGAAUCCAGUUGAGUAGCUGCUAGUACCCUGACCAGAGAUUGUAUGUUUUAUAUUCUACAAUGUCAGCUGGAGUGUGGUCAUCAUUAGUCAUUGAUCUUUUUGUUUUGGAACUCAUUAGUGAUUGUUCUUGACAAGUGUUUUACCCAGGAUAUUGUACGAGAGUGCGUCUGUUGGGAGAAAACUGUUUACCUUUUUAAUGGUGACUUUUUGCACUACGGAAUGAUGAAUCACCACAAUAUGCAAGAUGAUGUAAUGUUUCCUUUGGCCCUUAUGUGCUGAUGAUCCUCUUUUUUUUGAGAACUUAUGUGCUGGUGAUCGGGAGAGCUGCGGCUGCACAGUUUUAGCAACAGUAUCACGUAGGUGUUUAGCUGCAGCCGCAGCGCCUUGAAGCAGAUAAGAGCCAUUGAUGUUGUAUUUUUUUUCCCUCCUGGGUGGUUGCUAUGGCUCUUCCAAACUACAAGACGUUAUAAUUUUUCUUAAUAUGUACAUUUUACUAUAUAACUAGAUAUAGUGUCUAUCUAAAUGCAUAUCGAAAUCUAUAUAUCUCGAAAAAAAUGUUUUAUAAUUUGAAAUAGAGGGAGCAUUACGCUGGUUACGUAUCUUUCAAAAGAAAAGAUCUCGCGUGAUGAGUGGGCAUCUGAAAUGAGUCAAAUAUUCCUGCCUUGAUGAUGGAUGGGCAGCCACUAGUGAGCCCUGACUUUGGUAAAUGCUGCUUUUGCAGGAUGGGCUUUCUUGAUCCUGUGCACUGCAGGCAGGCAUGAUACAUGAAUAUAUAUUCAUAUGCCUAUUGCUAUUGGUGACGGCAGUCUCACCUGUGACUAUGACCUGGAGAAGUCUGAACUACGUACAAGUGCACAUCACAAUCCACAUAUGAUCGUCUCUUACUUGUUUAUCCUAUUUAUUUACUUGUGCGCAUGGAUUCUCUAACUUUGUUAGUUUCAAUUUCAUCUAGUCGUCAUUUCUUUUCUGUUUUUACCUUUUUGGACCAUUGAAUCCGAUUGUGUCAAGAAAAAAGAUUCCUUUUUGCAUGCUUA